AUGAACCGUGACUUCGCGGCCAUUUCCCUGCUGGAGGAUAAGCUUGGUCGGGAGUUGGAGCACGAGGAGCUGAGAUCCGCCAUUGCUGACUUUCGCCUUGUGCAUGGCCAGCUGCCGAGCAUCAGGCAACUCGCUCUGGAGCUUGCGAGCCGCGCGGAUGUGACCCUUGGCACCGAAGAUGUUUCUGAAUCGCCCGCUGGGGGCACUCCAUACGGUUCCCAGCUGCCGACACCCUUAAGCGUAAUCCGUCACGACCUCGGUGCCUCCCCAUGCCCGGCCCCGCGCGGAGAUGCAUCCUUCUUCAGUCAGCUGCGAGCACUGCAACUUUCUGGAACCCACUUGAUGUCUCUGUCCCACGACCCGGUGGGUCGACGACACAGUCCUGGUAUACUGCCACGUCAGAGCCCGAGCCGUUUCUCUACUUCUGCUUCGCCAGAAAGUUGUACGCCGGUAGGGCGGCACCCCGGUUUUAGAGUGCAGGCCGCUGGCCGGACUUCACCAGCACCCGAAGAACUUCAUCUGCCGCUGGGUGGGAACACGUGCCUCGCUGCGUCUGGUAGUGUGGGCGUGGCGGCAGCAGAUCCUUUCGAUCUUCAGCAGGAGCAGGCGUCACGCCGACCUGUGCCGGGCCUCAACCUGCGGAAUCUGCAGAAGAAGAAGACGACAACAACUCAGACGCCACAGGGCAACGGCAACAGUUCCCCAGUCGCAAGCACUACGGUCAGUCCAACGCCGCAAAUUCCUGCACCUUGCCCCGGCGGAAGCGGCCAGAGGACGCCCGACACUAACUCUCCGACCGAGAUUCUUCGGAUGCUGCUUCCAAGUGCUUGCAAGCCACGGGCAUCCAUCAGUCUCGGGCCGGGUCGUGGUUGGAGCGCGCUCCGCGCACCGCCAAGGCCGCUGCUCGAGGAGCAGGGCUCAGAGCAAAGGGUCGAAGUUAGCAUGGAUUGCUCGGUGGUGGAAUCGCUCAACAUGGGGCAGAUGGGCUUUCCCAGGGUAUCAUUGGACGACUCGGACCAGAUCCAGUCAGAUCUGUACCGGGAUCAACCAACCCUGACGCCGCAUGGCAGCGCCUUUGAAAAGCAGCAGCGCGCGACGCCUACGAUGCGCAGCCGGCGACACCAUCUACAAGACCAGCACGACCAGGACGCCUCACCGCACAGGACAGCGCAAUCGAAGCGGCAGUUGGUGCUGCAACAGGAACAACCCGCCGGCAACGACUCAGUAGUAGUGGACGCGCUGGUUGGCAGCGGAUGCUGCUCGGCGAUCGACAGCGACUUGCGCAAGGACACACCCAGCAAAGCCGCAACGGCGGCGCGCUUGGCCGCCGGGGAUGUGGUCGCCACGGUCCACUGCACCCGCACCGGUCGUAGCCCACUGCAUGAGCCAUCGAUGGCGACACCAGCUUCCGCUGUACGCAGUCGGGGCCUAUCACAGCCUUCUCCAUCGCAGCUUCCUUGGGUCACCCCGGUGCCGCCGCUGCGUCUGCCUGGUCCUUGCCAAACGGUCCCGCCGCCUUCCGGCGCUAGUGCCAGUGCCAAUGGUGCACGAUCCAGCGCACGCCGCCGGGCCUGGUCAACCAAUUCGCUGCAGCAUCGUUCCAUGGCAACCGUUGCCCGGGCGCUACGUCUGUCUGUCUGUCUGCCAUCGGCGUUGGUAUAUGGCGAAGGCCCACUGACGACGCGGCUCAUAGCAGCAGGAGCUAACAAGGGCAUCACGUCACACGCGUUGUGUACAGUCUUCUGGGCCGAAUCCGAGGACGACCUUGAGGAUGACGAUGACAGCGAUGUGUACGACUCAGACGAGCUGGACGAUGAGAAAGAGCGUACGCAGCGCGGCGAGCUGGACGACAUAUCAGGCUUAGGGGAGCACGAACUGACAGGCGGUCGCUACGCCUCCGCGGCGCAGCGGCCCCGCGGCAGGAAUCGUCGAGGUAACGGCGACGCUGACGACCCCGACCGCUCCAGUCGGGGUCUGAUGCUUCCAGAGCAGCUGUGGGACGCCUGGGAGCGACUAAGCGACGGGCCCAAAGGCCGCCAGUACAGCCUUUUGGAGUCGCUCACCCACGUGGAGCGCAUCACGUGCACCUCCUACUCGACCGUGUCCAAGGCCUGCCAUCAGGGACAGCCAGUGGUCGUCAAAAUUUACGACGUGGCCGAGAAGGAUAAGCUGGCCAACGCUUUCGCGGAAAUUGGCGUGCUGUUGCACCUGGCCAGCUGGGCGGGAGCGGUGCGGCUGCUGGACUACGGCCGCCAUGAGGACAAGGUGAUGCUGAUGCUAGAGAGCUGUGACCACAGCCUUAAGGACUGGUGCGACGGUCAGCGCUUUGAGACGGCCACCGGCUCGGACUACAUCCGGGAGGUGCUUAGGCUCUGGGUCAGUCUGGCGGAGUUGCUCACGGAACUGCAUGAGCGCUGGCAUGUGGCCCACUGCGACCUUAAGCCGGGCAAUGUGUUGCUGUCCGGCGGGCGGCUGCGGCUGGCAGAUUUCUCAGAGAGCAUGCUCUUCCACGAGACGCCGCUCCUGCAGGACCAGGCCAGGGGCACGGUGCCGUACCAGCCGCCAGAGAUGGUCCAUGGCCACUGCGUUGAUGCACGCAAGGCCGAUGUAUGGGCCAUGGGCUGCAUGCUGUACGAGAUGGUUACUGGCGAGCUACUGUUCCGUGGUAAUAAUGACUGCAUGCGGGCGGUGGCAGCGGGCGCGGCUGCCGCCAGGUUACGGCAACAGUCUACAGCAGCGCACCAACAUGGCCGCCGCCGCGGUGCCCGCAACGGCCGUGACGGUAGCGGCGGCACUCCAAGCCAGACCAGGGUGCAGACCAGGACACCACAGCUACCGCGGCAGCAGCAGGAGCCGCCAUCCUUGCAGCACCGCAGCGCGCCUCCGGCGGCAACGACGGUGGCACCGUCGCCACCGACGACGACGACAACGGCACCACCGCCGCUGGACGUUUACCCCGCGCAGUUGGCCGCACAGACGCCAAGCCGCCCGGUGUCGGAGCAGGGCUCUGGGAUAGAGCCAUGGCGAGUGGCCGAGACCCUGGAGCCUGCCAGCGACGCCGUGGCGGCCACGGCAGUAGUCCAGCCACCGUCGCCGCCGCCACCGUUUGUUCCAAGGCUGCCGUUGGCGCUGACCCGCGGACCAGGGAUGUCCAGCUCUCCGUGGCAAUACCCGCUGACACCGGGGGCCGGGGGCUCCUUGCCGCCGCUACCGCCGUUGACCUUGCCCAUGACCUUCCUCAUGGGGACAGGGGGCUUAAGCUCGGCCAGGGUUACCGGUCGCAGCCUGGAGCUGAUCGCCGAAGGCUGCGGCACCGAGGACGCGUCUUCAUUGACUACCGACCCGUGGGUCGUUCCAUCCAUUGUCAACACAGCCCCGACCACUGCUCGGAGCACCGCGCGGAGCCAGAUGCCAUACGGGUACGAUACUGCCCGCAGCGUUGCGAGCUCCAGCACCGCUGCAGCUGGCGCGGUGGGCUACUGGCCGCCAGCCCCGCCACCCUCCACGGGAACCGCGCGGAGCGUAGCGGACAGCGAGUGGACCCUCGCUGUCAAUUCAACCACAAACCCCGUCGGCGGCGUCAACACUGCCGUAAUCACAGCGGGCGCCGGCGGGAGCUAUGGGGGCGCCACCCGAUCCUGUCCUGGUGGCGAACCUUCCUCAUACCGCAGCGUGGGUGGGCAUUACAGCACCGGCGGUGCGGACAGCCAGCGAGACGACGUGGCGCCGCUGCUACCGCCACAGCCAUCGCCGCCGCCGUCACUGCUGCCGCCGCACCGGCGUCUCCGCCACUCCAUCGCGACGCAAUGUGCUGACCCAGCGGGCCCCGACUGGCUGACUACGGAGGAAGCGGACCGCCUGCGCAUCAUGUGCGACGAGCCGCCAUCCUUCCUGCUGGUGCAUUACCACGGCGGCGGCAGCUCAUCCCGUGCCACCGGUGCCGGCCGCGGUGGCGGUGAUGACGGUGUGGCGGCCGUGGCAGCCGAGCUGCGCAACGUGUACGAACCGCGACCGCUUUCCGGCGCUGACGGUCCGAGUCUGUGUGACGGCGUGCUUGGUUUGCUGCGUGCCGUUCUCGUGGAAGACCACGCGCGACCCAGCAUGCGGCAGCCGCCGCAGCCCCAGCCCCGGUCGCCGCAGCCACUACCGCUAUCUAAACGUUCAUGCGCAUGCGCUGCUGCAAGUGGAGAAGGUAACACUUUGGGGGCAGCUGCCGGUGACACCCCGAGCAACACGGGCCGCACAGGUGUCCGUGAUGAUUUGAUGGAUUGCCGCGGGACGAUGAGCGGACACGGUUUGCCCAAUACCGCUGCUGACCGCAGCCUGGGUGGCGGCGGGCAUAACGGCCGCGUGGGCAAAGGUGCGCUUGUACAGGAGCUGGUCCCGACAACAACGGUGCUGCCUUCGCCGCCCUUGUGUCUCAGCGUGUUGAAGGAAAGGUCACCAUCUCAAUGUGACGUCAACAUCGGCAAUGGGACUGGAGGUGCAGGCGGCAUCAGCAGCGCCGGUGCCGGCCCGCAGACUGCGGGCGCCGAUGGCGGCAGCUGCAUCGACAGCAGCCGCAAGGAGAACAACUCAUCGGCCACAGCGACCGCGACAACGACGGUGGCGGCGGACUCCAAUGGAUCUGCUGGCGCUGCGGGCCCUGAUGCCGUAGUGUCAGCUCCUGGUGACGGGCCUCGGUCCCGCUCAGUCAGCCUCUUCGACAUAUGCGAACCGCUGGUUACUUCCCGAGGCCCUGGGGGAUCGGCUCCUGCACCACGUCCCCAUUCACGCAGCUGGCGGCGCGUGUUCAAGAAACCAUAUUAG